GAAGCGAAGCUAUGAAUGAAUAUUGAAUACUCUGUGUUUGAAGUUUGAAGAAAGAGAGAAAAAUGGGAGUGGGAUUGGGUAUCGCCUUGAAGAGUUUGUUUAGUGUAUUGGGAUGCGUAAUGACAGCUACUCUAAUCUACGGCUUCAUCACCGAUGGCCAGCCUUUCCGCAUCCAACUCAUCACUCCGUGGAUGGCUGCGGCGUUGAUUGAUUUUUUUAUCAAUACUUUUGCCAUUGGGGCUUGGGUUGUCUACAAGGAAUCAAACUGGAUUAGUGCUGUUCUUUGGGUAGUUUUGAUAAUGUGCUGGGGAAGCGCUCCCUUGUGCGGCUAUAUUCUGUUGCAGUUCUUUAAACUCUCAUCUAAAGAAUCUAUGCAGGAUCCUGUUUUCUAUGUUUUGUUGCGUCACGGGAAAAUGAACAAACCAGAAAGACAGAACAAGUUGUGUGUUGCAGUUGCAAAAGUUGUGUUCAUUGCUUUGGGCUGUCUAAUGCUGGGAACACUGAUUUACACAUUUGUCACAAAUGGGUCCCCAUUUCGCAAAGAAGUAUUUACACCGUGGCUGUCAGUAACAUUAAUUGAUCUCUGCUUCAUUGAUGUCAUUCUCUCGGUCUGGAUUGCAUACAAAGAGACCAGUUGGAUAAGCACUUCUUGUUGGAUACUUUUACUAAUAUGUUUGGGCAGCAUUGGCACGUGUGCCUACAUCGUCCUACAGCUAUUCCAACUCUCUCCUCAAGAUCCAGCCUAUUAUAUCCUCUUCAACAGAUAUGGUAGGGCAGAAGAAGGGUAUGAAGGAAUACUACAAGAAGACCACGUCGAUGAUUGCUAAAGAAAAUUAAAGCUUUGUUAUAAAGUCACUAUUUGUGGACAUUUAUAUUUGUAAUGGAUAAGACCAUUCCAAUAAAAAUAGAGGUAAUGUGUGAUAUUUGAAUUUGGACUCCUUUUCACAAGAAUAUCUAUUAAUCUAGAAUCAUAUAUGUCAAAUAAAAAGAAUCAUUUGAUUUA